AUGACCAACACAAGGCCACCAUGCUCUACCAUCCACACCAACAAGGAUGUGUCCAGCAUAACAAAACAUGUGAGUCUUGUCACAAUCAGAGAUCAAGUUGCUGUAAUAAUAGAAGUUCUCUCUGUGUCUUCCUCUCCAGGUAAUGUGUUUGUGGUGAGUUUGGCAUUUGCUGACCUUGUGGUAGCCUUCUACCCUUACCCCCUGGUUCUCUAUGCUCUCUUCCAUGAUGGAUGGGCACUGGGAAACACUCAGUGCAUGGUCAGUGGUUUCCUUAUGGGGCUGAGUGUCAUUGGUUCUAUUUUUAACAUAACUGGGAUUGCGGUGAACAGAUACUGCUACAUCUGUCACUCAUUCUCCUACAGUCGGCUGUACAGCUAUCGCAACACUCUGAUGUUUGUUGCCUUAAUUUGGGUGCUCACAAUAGUGGCCAUUAUCCCCAAUUUCUUUGUUGGUUCCCUACGCUAUGACCCACGGGUCUACUCCUGCACCUUUGCCCAGAAUGUCAGCAGUUCCUACACAGUGGCGGUGGUGGUGGUUCACUUCUUGGUUCCCAUUGCAGUGGUUACCUUCUGUUACCUACGCAUCUGGGUACUUGUGAUUCAGGUGCGGCGUAAGGUGAAAACAGAGGAGAGCCCUCGCCUCAGACCAAGUGACUUGCGGAAUUUCAUCACCAUGUUUGUGGUCUUUGUGCUGUUUGCCAUCUGCUGGGCUCCACUUAACCUGAUCGGUUUGGCGGUGGCCAUAGAUCCAUCCCAUGUGGCACCCCUUAUCCCCGAGUGGCUUUUUGUGGUCAGCUACUUCAUGGCCUAUUUCAAUAGCUGUCUGAAUGCCAUCAUCUAUGGCUUACUCAACAGGAAUUUCAGGAAUGAGUACAAACGCAUUGUCACCUCCGUGUGGGUGACUCGGCUUUUUGUGACAGAGACUUCACGAGCCGCCACUGAUGGCAGGAGCAUGAGGAGCAAGCAGUCGCCGCCUCCACCACUGAACAACAACGAGUCCGUCAGAGAUCGCACAAACAAAGAAUAA